AUGAAUUCUUUAUCACUCCUUAAGGUGAUAUUCUGUGUUCUCAUAGUAAUACAAUUUCUUUUUCUUGUCUACAUCGUCUUGUUAUCAUGGCUCAAAUGCCGAGGGUUCUUGUCUCACUCUUCCUCCGGCGAUGCAAGUGAUUUACAGUUACAGUCAACAACGGCGGCGUCGGGGUCCCGCCGCCACACACAGGGUUUAAACGAGUCUGUCAUAAACAUAAUUCCGUCAUUGAUCUACUCUACUAACAAUGAAGAGAAAGAAUCUCAACGUGAAUGUUCCGUUUGUUUGGGUGAAUUUAAAGACAAUGAUUACAUUCGUACUCUUCCUAGUUGUUCCCAUACUUUCCAUCUUCGUUGUAUUGAUACUUGGCUUCGUUUACACCCUAACUGUCCUCUUUGUCGCUCAUCUCUUCGCGGCUGUGUUAGGUCAGAGUUGCCUUUCAGACCUCUCAUGUCCGAUAGAAUCCGUCCCUCAUCGGUGCAAGGGCAGUAA